AAUGAAUGCUCCAGUUCUCCAUGCACCAACGGAGGAACCUGCGUGGAUCACAUUUACUACUACAAAUGCACUUGUCCAACUGGCUUCACAGGAACCAACUGUCAAUAUUCGAUUUACCCGUGUCGAUCGAACCCCUGCCAGAACAACGGUACCUGCAAUGAUCUGAGCGACUUGAAAGCCAGCCCUGCCAUCUCCAACUACACAUGCAGCUGCAUCGCUGGCUACAAUGGAAGCAACUGCGAAUUUUAUUGGAAUAAAUGUUUAAAUAAUCCGUGUGCAUACGGUGGCACAUGUUCAGUGGUCAAGAACCUAGGCCCUCCCGAAUCCUAUAGCUACAAAUGUUCAUGCGUUACUGGGGCGACUGGAGCCAACUGUGAAACAGCUUUAGUGAACAAGUGCGAUUCAAGCCCCUGCAAGAAUGGUGCUUCUUGCGAGAACAAGGUCACUUCAUUUGCAUGCACGUGUGUGGCUGGCUACGUUGGAAUAACGUGUGAAUCUGGUUGGUAG